UCAUUUUCAAUAAGGCGAAGAAAACAAUGCCAAACAAUGUGAUUAGAGAGCAGGUGUAAAGCUAGAAAAUGACGUCUUUAGUAUUUUCACUAGUCUUUUCAGUAAACAUGAUAGCGCUUAAUAAAGUAAACGGAACACCGAUAGACUAACAAAAGUGGACACUGAGAGUUUGCUCAUUUUGCGUGCCUGCCAUUCUUAGCUUGGUCGUGGAUUUAGCAUGAAGCCCUCGAGCCUAUUUCUACCCUUUCAAGCGUAUUUUUGAUAGUCAUGUAUUCAGCAUCUUGGGAAAACGAUGCGACUCCAAGAAAAUACAUAAUGCACCACACAGAAGGCAAGACCGUUGCAAGAGGGACCGGGGUUUUUUACGAGGCCUUGCCUGCCAUUGGAGCUGAUGGGAGAAACAUCAUGAAGUUGAUUCCUGUCCAGAUGGUCAAUGGAAAAUGUGUCCAAAAUGCCAUUUCAGCACCUGUACCCCUUGGACUGAAGAAAACCUUUAGGCCAAUAGCACCACGACCAUGUGCGGGCAAUGAGGUUACCGUUUUGAAUGCAUUGCCUUGUCAACGUGAUGUAGCAGGUCAAGGACUGUAUAUUUCAUCAAAUGAAGAUCCACUUAGGACUGUACAACCACAGGUGUUCAAUACACCCCAAAACCAGGUGCGAAAAAUUCCAGAUUCGGAAGUUCCUUCAGGUAUUAAAAGGCAAUUGCCUGACUCCUUUUCAAGUUCAAACUCUGUUUGUCAAAGCAAUGUUUCUUUGUAUAGUUCAGAAUUUGAAACCCUAGGAUCACCCAACUCUCACUUGAAAUUAAUUCCAGAGGUUUACCAGAGGCACAACAGCCCAAUGAAGUGGGUGAUUGAAGAAGUCAACUCUAAUGAGACUGCUGAUGAUAUUCCACAUUCUCCUUUUCCUUCAAAAACCUUGGCUACAAGUGAAACACAUCAUCAUCAAGCCUUAGUCGUGUGCAAUGACAGGGUGUUUUUUGCAGCCCAAAAGAAUUCCCUCUCAUCGCCAUUGGAAAGCAAAGGAACAAGUUGCAAGCUAAAAAACUCAAUGUCACUAUUGCAAAACAAAACGAUUAUUAAACAAAAUCAACCAAAUGAAGUGAUAGACCUUUGCAAUGACGAUAAUCCAGAUGACCUGUGUGAAAUCUUUUCAAAUGGCAUGCCAGGAUCAUCACCAUCUCUGGAUGAAGACAAUGUAAUAUUUGUAUCAUAUAUUCCACCAAAGCCUGAAUGUGUGCCAGCACAACAUUUGGCAGAAAAGACACUAGGGAACGAAACGCAUCAGACGAGCACGAGGACACUGGAAUAUGUGACUGAACAGAGAGCGACCCAAAAUGUGUCCAAUACUGUCCAUGAUCACCUGCCAUGUGAAAACGGGGACGGAAGCUCCAUUGAUGAAAGACAGACACCAGACCAGAGCAUCAGGGUGAGCUUAGUCACAAAUGGCUACAGAGAGACUGUUACGAGCAAUCAACAUUCCAAACAUAAAAAGCUGUUGGACAGCUCAGAGGUUUCCCCUGAAGCGGAAAGUUUGUGUCACACCAAUGCAUCAGGCAACAACAGUCGUGAAUCUACAGACAAAAUGGAGAGUUCCUUGUCAAUUUGCAGAACAUCUGAUCACCAUCUACGACAAAUGUUUGGGAUUACAGCUGAUGUGAGAAUUUGCCUGAAGAGAAUUAAUUCAAGAUCAUCUGCAAAUGGACUCAUCGAGCCUGUACAGGAGGUACCCAUAGGGGACAUUCAGAAAAACAAAAACCCUGCCUGCCACAGUAGUCUCAUCAAUGUCAUUAGAGCGAAACUAUAUGAUAAACAGAAUUUGUCUAGAGAAUUUGUUUCUUCCAGUCCUCAUGCUGGUAAAGGCUUAGUCAAUUGUUAUCAUUUGAACCAGAACGCAAAGUGCCACUCCUGCAAAACCCCACCAAAGACAAUAUGCUGUGUUCCAGACACAGGCAUAAUGGUUGGUUAUGUGGAGCCAAUCGAAGAUGAUAUCUCUAACACGGAUGAAGAUAACACCCCUAACUCCAAGGACUUAACUGCCCAGAGCACGAAUGUUGCUCGUCCAAAUACAAGUAGAAUGGGAAGGACGAGGAAGCGCACAAAGUGUCCAUGUUGCGUCCCUGGUAUGACUAAGAAGUCCAGCGCCGUGUUAGAAGAGUCAGAUAGGUUGACAUGGACAAGAAACCACACGAGUAAAAGAGGUGGACGUCGACAAAAAUUCAAAUGAGUAGCAGAGACUACGUGUUUGCAUGGACUUAAAAUGAAGAAGCUUAUUUUGAAAUUUGUAUAAGGUAUUAAACAACAUUUGAAAGUCUAGAGUCAUCAAUAUAUCUAUAGUUGUCCCUUUUUCUAUAGCUUAAAAUAAUUUAGAGUGGCCCUACAUACGCUUGAGAAUGUCUUUUGUUUUUAAUAAAUACAUUUUUUAAAAAUCAGGCAAUAACUAAAUGAGUUUAGUAUUUCUAAGCCGACAAGCUUUGUGACGACGACAGCACCACCCAUUACAGAGAGAACCUAUACUCGAGUGUUUUAAGUGAUUUGUUUUGAAACAUUACCAGCGCAACAUCCUCCAGAUUGAGACAAAAGGGUUUACAAUAUGCAGCGGAUGGUAAUAUUUAAAAUGUAAAAAAUUGUUUCAAGGUAUUGAGGCAAAAGCAUACAGCUUCAACACCUAGAGCUAUACCUAUUAAGUUGUCCGUUCUCAAAAGGUUACGUGAAAAAUAAAAGUACAAGACUCUUAUUAGGACGUUGUGUUUACUGAAAAUGAGGAAACAUUGCUUUCAUGUUAGUGCACUCAUAGAGCUGAGCCCAAGCAACUGCAAACAAAGACAUUUACCAUAAUUUUUGCACUAUAAGGCGCACCUGACUGUAAGCCACCACCCACCAAAUUUGACACGAAAACAGCAUUCGUUCAUAGAUAAACCGCAAUGGACUAUAGGCCGCAGCUGUCCUCACUGUAUUAUGG